CCCGGAAGUCGUUUUGUGUGGAUCCUGCUUAGCUCAAAUCCUACUGAGUGGGAGAGCAGAGCAGCUGUCAGAGGUGGAUGAGAGAGAUUAUCCACGACUCACCGCUACAGGCGCUUCAUGCGAAGCAAGUAGUUGUUCUGGAAAAUGGGCAACGCUGAUUCCAAACUUCACUUCCGAAAAGCAGUGAUACAGCUCACAACCAAAACACAGCCGGUGGAAGCCACAGACGAUGCCUUCUGGGACCAGUUCUGGGCCGACACCGCCACCACAGUCCAGGACAUGUUUGCUCUUGUGCCUGCAGCCGAGAUACGAGCCGUGAGAGAGGAAUCCCCGUCAAACCUGGCAACCCUUUGCUAUAAGGCAGUGGAGAAGCUAGUCCAGGGUGCAGAGUGCGGCUGUCAAUCAGAGAAGGAGAGACGGACUGUCCUGAACUGCACCCGCCUGCUAACCCGCAUCCUGCCCUACAUCUUUGAGGAUGCAGACUGGAGGGGCUUCUUCUGGUCCACCGUGCCUGGAGCAGGGAGGGCAGGGCAGGAAGAAGGUGAUGAUGAGGGCCGACCUCUGGCUGAGUCUCUGCUGAUGGCCAUCGCUGACCUGCUCUUCUGUCCUGACUUCACUGUCCACAGUCACAAGAAGAGUGGCCCUGACCUGGCCGAGGACAUGCAUUCGAUAGACAGCUGUGAGUACAUCUGGGAGGCCGGGGUGGGUUUUGCUCAGUCCCCCCCCCUCAACUACAUCCACGACCUCAACAGGACGGAGCUCUUGAAGCUGCUGCUGACCUGCUUCUCAGAGGCCAUGUACCUGGCCCCCUCCUCCGACAGCAACAUCCUCAACCCCUGGGUGACGUUCUUCAGCUCCACAGACAACAGACACGCCCUGCCUCUCUUCACCUCCCUGCUCAACGUGGUGUGUGCCUACGACCCAGUGGGCUACGGCAUCCCCUACAACCACCUGCUGGUCUCCGACUACCGGGAGCAGCUGGUGGAGCACGCCGUCCAGAUCCUCAUCGUCACACUGGAGCACGAGGCCACCGUCGCCCUCCCAGAUGUGGACCCCUCGGACUCCCCCUCCACCAUGGAGGAGCAGGAGCCCGUAGGACCUGAUAACCUGUUUGUGAACUACCUGUCCAGAAUCCACAGAGAGGAGGACUUCAGCUUCAUCCUGAAGGGCCUGGCUCGGCUACUGACCAACCCCCUGGUCCAGACAUAUCUACCCAACUCCACCAAGAAGAUCCAGUUCCACCAGGAACUCCUGGUUCUCUUCUGGAAGCUCUGCGACUUCAACAAGAAGUUUUUGUUCUUUGUGCUGAAGAGCAGCGAUGUACUGGACAUCCUGGUCCCCAUCCUGUUCUACCUAAACGACGCCAGAGCGGAUCAGUCCUGCGUGGGCCUAAUGCACAUCGGUGUGUUCAUCCUGUUGCUGCUCAGCGGAGAGAGAAACUUUGGCGUGCGUCUGAACAAGCCGUACUCUGUCCGGGUGCCCAUGGACAUCCCUGUGUUCACUGGGACUCACGCUGACCUCCUCAUCGUGAUCUUCCACAAAAUCAUCACCAGUGGUCACCAACGGCUGCAGCCCCUGUUUGACUGCCUGCUCACCAUCAUCGUGAACGUGUCUCCUUACCUAAAGAGUCUGUCCAUGGUGGCAGCCAACAAGCUGCUCCACCUCCUGGAGGCGUUCUCCACCACCUGGUUCCUCUUCUCCACCUCCCAGAACCACCACCUGGUCUUCUUCCUCCUGGAGGUCUUCAACAACAUCAUCCAGUACCAGUUUGAUGGUAACUGUAACUUGGUGUAUGCCAUCAUCCGCAAGCGCAGCAUCUUCCACCAGCUCGCCAACCUGCCGUCCGACACGGCGUCCAUCCAGACGGCUCUGCAGAAGAAGAAGAAGACAGCAGCCUCCGGCAUGUCCCGCACCUCCUCCCAGGAGAUCAGCUCCAUGGAGGGCUCUCGCCCCGCCAUCCUGGCUGAGCCAGGCACCCUCAAAGCCAGCCUGGUGGCCACACCAGGUAUCGACAAGCUGACAGAGAAGACUCAGGUGUCUGAGGACGGCACCCUGGUUGCUCUGCAGCACAGCCGCUCUCCCCCGAACGCGGCUGCCGACCACAGCCGCUUUCCCACGAACGCGGCUGCCGACCACAGCGGGAUCGCGGCGCCCAGCGACACCGAGUCCAACUCGGAAAGAGAGAACGACGAGAUCUUCCAGUCAGGGUCAGCGACGCCCAGAAGUCGCAUGUCCAGUGUCUCGUCAUCGACCACAUACUGGAGCCCCUCCCCAGACUGGGUGCUCUCCUGGAAGACCAAGCUUCCUCUGCAGACCAUCAUGAGGCUGCUACAGGUCCUGGUUCCUCAGGUGGAGAAGAUCUGCAUAGACAAGGGUUUGACGGAUGAAUCGGAGAUCCUGAAGUUCCUCCAGCAUGGAACGCUGGUGGGCCUCCUCCCUGUUCCUCACCCCAUCCUCAUCAGGAAGUACCAGGCCAACGCUGGCACCGCCAUGUGGUUCCGCACGUACAUGUGGGGAGUCAUCUACUUACGAAACGUGGAUCCCCCAAUCUGGUAUGACACGGAUGUCCGACUCUUUGAGAUCCAGAGGGUUUAGCUGAGAUAAACAGGACCUGUGCAGCUUGUAUUAACUGACUCUACCAGCACCAUCCUCCCAGCUGAACUGAAGUCUGAAUGAGGGCAGGGUUAGGAUGCGCAGGAGGACUGAUGAUUACAAGUGCCACUUCUGUACAGAAAUGAAAAUACUUCUUCAUUUAUACUUUUCUUUCCCCCCCAUCGGAAACAGUGUAAACUGUCAAACAACUUUUACUACAUGCAGCUUAGUUUUCUUUCGACGGUUGUCAAGUUGGAAAAUGUGAAGUCACCCAUCAAUUCUGUCCUCUUCUUUCAACUCACUGUUGUAUCUUCCCACCUAUUUGCCAAACACAAACAGUAGCUGUGGUUUCUAAAUGCUUACAGUUGACUGUUUUUCAGAUUGAAUAGAAGAUUUACUGCACAUAGUUUCAUCGUUGUCUUUUGAUAUAUUUUUAUGAGUGACUAUCUCUCAUUUUCUUUCAUCUAUGAGAAGAUCAUUUUUUUUGUGUUUGUAAAAAGAGAAGUAAGAACCUGACAAGUUGACAAGUUUCUUGAACCUGUCACCUGGGUGACAGCGGAGGUGACCUGACAGGCCCUUCAGUGUUCUACUGUCUGAGAAAAGGA